CUUCGGAGAGCGCGCUCGUGAGCCAUCUUACCGCCUCGGCUAGCACACGUGCCAUACUAAAAGCCUUAUAGUGCCGCGAAGUUAACAACUAUUAAAUCAGAUGCAUAGUGAAUUUAAAAUUACAAAAAACUUCUAUAAAAAAGUGAUUUUGUGCAGAAGUGACGCAGUUUCAUGAAAUUACUUUUGAUAUCUUGAAACUCCAGUGCUAGUGUUAAUAAAAAAGGUUUUAGCAAUGAUUUGACGAGUGAUGUGAUUUGAAAAUAGAAAACGGUCAAUUCGUCACUCGAAGGGGGUUAUUUCGUAAUGGCGAAGUGGGUUUGGUUGGCUGCGCUGCUGUGUGGUUCGCAGGCGGCAGUGUUGCCACCACCUUGGGCGGACGUCCGACGGAACCCUUGCGCUGCCCACCCUAAAGGAUGGCUGAUGCUGUACUGGCCCGCGGAUGGCAAAUGCUACACCAUUUAUAAGAAAGGUCACCCAUGCCCCGAUACUCAAGAAUUGAGCCCUGGGCGCUGGGGAGGCAGGACGGUGGCCGAAUGCAAGUGCCCCCCUGGCACAGCGCAGCUACCUCAUACUACCACCUGCCACAAGCUGUUCGAGCGCGGCCCCUGCAGGCCAGGGGAGUACUUCGCGCCCGUAGAGGAGUCUUUCAACAAGAGAGGCGAACGUCAAGGCAUGUGCGUGAGGCCGCAGCAGUGCGCCGACGAAACCUUGCUGUACUGGCCCGCGGAUGGCCGCUGCUACUACAGGAUGACUCAGGGGCCCUGUUACCCUGGCGCUAUUCUAGAUGCCGGACGUGAUGGCCUUGCUAAUUGCACGUGUUUGAUUGGCGGACCUCAUCACUGGACUGUGGAUGGAGGCUGCUAUGCGCACUACACGCGAGGUCCCUGUGAGAAGGGCCAGUUAUUCCUGCCUGGGGCUCGGUGCGGCUGUGAGAAGCACCUGCCUCAGUACCAUGAUGAAACUGGUGCCUGCUAUGAACUCGAUACCCUCGGCCCUUGUUCCAAAGGUCACACGUUUUCAGUGACAGAUGUGACGUCAGAAGGCUCCAAAGCUGAGUGUAGAUGCAAGUCGUUCCACGCUCGCGCUUCGGACGGGGCCUGCUACAGACUUUACACGAGGGGUCCUUGUGCCCAUGACGAAAUGAUAGCUAGAGGAGGACGAUGUACGAAGGUGCCGUGCGCGCGGGGCCGCCUGUACGUGGCGGCGCGGCGGCGGUGCUACCGGCCGGGUGCGCCGGAGCCGUGCCCCGCGGGGGAGGUGGUGGCGUUCGACCUGGAGGCGCGACCGGCACUCGACGGUCUCAGCCACAAUGGAGUUUGCGCUUGCGGCAGUGGUGCGUGUACCAGGAAAGAGGUGGAAGCAUGCAGUUCUCGACGCUAUACGGCGUCAUACAACGGGACCUGCCAUAUAUUACACACGCAGGGGCCGUGUGGUGAAGGUGCCUGGCUCGUGAGGGAUUCCUAUCGGGUUCGGUGCCAGUGCAGGCCUGAUAGUCCUUCAGAAUGUACAGAAGAUGAAGGAGCCAGUUGACGAAGCCAAAUUUUAUGAAUAUCUAAGUUGCUGUCAAUUACAAAUUGUUUAUUAGAACGAAGCUAGUGUGUGUAUGAAGACUGAAAAGAAACUAUUUUAUUUUAUAGCGCGAUUACACUUGGUCGUUAGCUCGAAUACGAGUGCCAAUGGAAUUCGGAUAAACGACUAAGUGUAAAUGAACGGAGUCGAUUUCGCAUUCGGGUAGUUUUCGUUUUGGUUACCCGACAUCGUCUUUCAGUCCGUAUUCCAGUGUAAAUAUUGUUUCGGGUGCCCGAAUUCGAAUAAUGUUUUUCAUGCACACGAAUAUCGGCUAACGACCAAGUGUUAUUGUGCCAUGAUGUAAAGACUAUUUUGAAGUUUUCGAAGAGGCCAGUUGACGAAGUGAAUGGAUCUAAAUUAAUUAUUGUCAGGUGGAUACUGUCUUAACCCAUAUAUGACCCUUGAUUCGAAAAGAAACAGUACCCUUUUAUGCCCGGAACUAUUUUGGACUUCCAAUUUUUGUAAAUUUUGGGUAUUUUAAUGCUAAUAAAUAUUUUUUUAUUGAAAUAUUAACUACUAUAAUGAAGGUCAUUGUUAGAUAAGUAUUUUUUUAAUUGUUCGAAAACGAAACAUCAGGUAAUUCCCCUACAUUAACUGUGGGUAUAUAAAUAAUAAAUAAAUUAAAGAAGUAAUGCAAUAAAAAGAUUGGACUUUUCGAUCGUAUGGUCAGUAUUACAAUUUCGGAUUGAAGGAAGAAAUAGUUUUAAAAACGUGUAAAUGUAGAAGUUGAUGAACAUUUUUUCGUUUUCGAAUCAGGGAGCAUUUCAAUAGCCAAACCAAAAAAUUUAUAUGGGCAUAGAUGGGUUAAUGAUUCAUUUCCUACCCCUACCGUUGCAUUAGGAAAGGUAAAAUUAUAUCAACUAGAGUUUGUGCGGAAAGAGAAUGGGCGUGGCGAAAAACGAAACUAACAUUAAGAUUUUUAUUUGGCAAUCCAACCCAGCCAUCUGUAAAACUUCAAAGUUUUGUAUUGAUACGGAUUUGUUUGUUGUGAUUUCUUGCGGUUUUUGAAGUUAUACUUCUUUAGGCGCGUUCUGAAAAAAUGAUGAGAGUGAAAUUUUUAGAUGCGCGCGCAUCACUGUAACCCAAAAGUAACAGCAUGAAGUUGGCCGCGGGCGCGUUAUGAAAAAAUCAUGUGAGUGAAAUUUAGAGAUGCGCGCGCAUCACUGUAACACAAUAGUAACACCAUGAAGUUGGCCGCGGGCGCGUUAUGAAUGUUAGUGUCUAAUAAUGGUGGAUUAUUAACCACAUGUGGUUAAACGAAACAUCAGGUAAUUCCCCUACAUUAACUGUGGGUAUAUAAAUAAUAAAUAAAUUAAAGAAGUAAUGCAAUAAAAAGAUUGGACUUUUCGAUCGUAUGGUCAGUAUUACAAUUUCGGAUUGAAGGAAGAAAUAGUUUUAAAAACGUGUAAAUGUAGAAGUUGAUGAACAUUUUUUCGUUUUCGAAUCAGGGAGCAUUU